AUUUGGGCUGGGCACCCCUUUCAUGGGGCCACCUCAAGCCUGGAUAUCUUGGAAGCCAAGCUCUGACACUCACUCAGGUCAUAGACACAGGGUACUCAUGGCCAACAGUGCACCCAGCUCCUCCCUCCAAAAUGAGGGUGUUCUGCAGCCACCUGGUACCCUGCAGGGCUCCCCCAGCAUUCCACACCCCCAGGGGCUGCUCUCCGUCAUCCAGAAGCUGAAGGGUUCCCCGGAGCAGGAGCUCCGUAUUGUCCUGCUGGGACUGGACAACGCAGGGAAGACCACACUGCUGAAACGCCUGGCAUCCGAGGAGAUCAGCACCAUCACACCCACCCAGGGCUUCAACAUAAAGAGCGUUCACUCACAUGGCUUCAAGCUAAACGUCUGGGAUAUCGGGGGGCAACGCUCCAUCCGUCCCUACUGGAAGAAAUAUCUGGGCAGCACAGACCUGCUGAUUUAUGUCAUUGACAGCGCAGACCAGAAGCGCUUUGAGGAGACAGGGCAGGAGCUGGCAGAGCUCACUGAGGAUGAGUCUCUCACAGGGGUCCCACUGCUGGUUUUUGCCAACAAGCAGGACCUAGUGACUGCAGCACCUGCAGCUGAAAUCGCAGAAGGGCUGAGCCUCCACACCUACCGGGACCGGGAAUGGCAGAUCCAGGCCUGCUCAGCCUUGUCUGGGGAAGGAGUGCAGGAUGGGAUGAACUGGAUUUCCAGCCAGAUCAUGAACAGGAAGAAAUGAGAGCUGUGAAGUGCCAGACAGGACUGAGCUGCAGGUCCCAAAGCCAUGGCCAAUCCGCUUGGUCUCUAGACUUCCCCCAAAGGGUUGGCUUGGCCCUGAGCCUCAGACUGCUGUGCUCAGAUUGGCUUCCCACCCAGUCUUUCACUAAUCAGUUGGCUUCUCCUCUCCCUGCCUCAUAGGAUUCCACAGGCUCCUUGUACUCCAUAACCUUCCUGUAGCCGCUGUGCUGUUGGAGAGAAGCCCGUCUCAAUGUGUCAAGGGCUUGCACACCUCCAGAAUGAGAACCUGCUCAGAACUCAUCCAUCCGCACUGCUGGCGCACCCUGCAGAGGCUGCUGCA